GAACGGUUGCCAUUGAACUGUGUAGCUCCUUUGUGUAAGUGUAACCAAAAAAUGUUUCAGUCCAAAUCAUUUGAACUUGAAAAGCGAAAACGAUCCAAAGCAAAAAGAUGCAAAAAUCCUGGACGGCACCUAUCAAAACUUUUGGUAUUACUCGUCCUUACUGGCUUUGUAUCCUGGUUUAUUUUGGCAAAUAUUCCAGAGGGCAAAAAGGUCAACACAGCUGUGAGAUUAUUUCAAGAAUGUGGAGCGAAAAACGAACUUAGAAACAACGAGGUAUGCAUCCUGGACAAAUGUGAUGUUAUUUGCGAUAGUGGUAGUAUUGAUGACGUACUGGAUUUCAUGCGGGCACCACCUAGCGUUUUGUGUUUGCAUGCUUUAACUUUAACUUUACUUAAUGUGACAUUUCACGAUUCUGCAUUGAAAAGAAACUGGCUCACUGGAACCUUUACCCUGGCAGGAUUGUACAUAAGAAACUCCGAACUAAAAGGAAUUGAGGAGGAUGCAUUCGAAGGAUCUGUUUAUCAACAAUUGAGUCACCUUGAAAUCUCCUUCUCCAGCAUCGAUUACUUGAAAAAAGGAUCUUUUGCCCAUUUAACAUCACUGACGGAUCUAACACUAGACCAUAGUGUCAAAGAAUUUUCUCCAGAGUACUUAGAUGGAAUAGAAAACAAUAUUAAGCAAAUAGAAAUCCAUGGUGUCUCUGAUUUACAUUCACCAAAUGAGUUAUUUGGGAUCCUUCCAUUACCAAAAUUAAUUACGCUGGAACUAGGAAAUAACAACUUUGGUGACACCAUUAAUGAGAGUACAUUUCAAAAUGUAACUCCAAAAUAUUACUUAAAUUUAACUGAUUGUAAAAUCAGCUCACUACAUCCUAGGACAUUCGCGGUGGCGCAAAAAGGUCCUACGGAUUUAUAUUUGGAGAAUAAUUAUCUAAAGGAAGUUUCUGGUGAGGUUUUUGAACCAAUUAUUGAGCGCGAUUCGCAUUCUAAAAUUAAACUUAGUGGAAAUCCUUGGAAUUGCACAUGUCGGCUUCUAUCUUUAGUUAACCUUAUAGAAGAGAAUAAGCGUGUCUUCGUCGAUAGCCCAAAAUGUGCAUCCCCUCCUGAAUUCGCAGGUAAAGAAUUGCAUCCAGAUAUUUUCAUAAUCCCUUCAACAACAACAACUACUGAGGGCCCAACAUUACCAACUGUAAAUACUACUAAAACGACCACUACUACAACCAAGAUUCCUGUAUCUACUUCAACGAAACAUCCCGAUGAAACCAGUCUAACAGAAAUUGUCUGUGAGGAUGAUGUGGAGGAUAUAUGUGUUCCUGGUUCAGCUGACGCGAGGUCGAUUUUGUAUGUUAAGGAAAUGGACAUGAAAUUCAAUAUCUCUAAGGUUUCAUCCGGAGUCGUACGGAUAUCUAUGGAGAAACCUGCAAAAGAGUUUUCCAUUGUAUGGUUCACUCCUGCAGCAAAGGAUUUCAACAAAGUUCAGAAUCACUACACAGAACAUAAUUUAGGAUGUGCGGAACUUGAAAUGCAGAAUUUUACAAUACAGGAUCUUGAGUUAGGAGCCCUGUACGUAUUUUGCAUAGUUAAGGGAAACGACCCUGAAAUGACUCCUCUGAACUGCCAGUCUCAUCUUGUGGAAGUAGAUUGCAAUGAAGCUGAUUUUCUAGAUUCCGAAGGCAAAACAGCACUACUUCUUUUAUCUAUAAUAAGUAUAUUGGUUGCAGUUUUUCUAGGAGGUGUUACCAUGUUCUGUAUUAUUCGAUGCAACCCUACUUUGCUGAAAGGAGCCAAACGGAUUGUGAUCCUGAAUAAAAACUUAGCCGAAGUUGUGGUUCUUCCCAAGAGAAAAAGUAAAUCCGAGGAAGUUUUGAAAACCAAUUCCCUUAAACGAAAUGCCUCUGGCAGAAGGCUAUCUACAAGUAGUAGAGAGAGCAAUCGAGAUUACAUAAUUCCAGAUUAUGAGGUCAUAUCCAACCGACCACAACGUAAAGACAAUUUGUACUUCGAAUGGUUUCCAAUACACUCCCCACCGCCUCUUCCGAAAAGAUUAUCUGAAGAAACAAUAGAAACGUUGUCGAUGCAAAGUGAUAAAUUGGAGUUUGUCAACAAAUCGAACAACGAAUAUGCUGUUCCUAACAGUCGAGUGUGAACAAGAAACCAGUUUAGGUAAAGGAUAUAUUUGCUUGAAUUUGCAACGAGUUAUUCCGGC